AUGAUCUUUGCAGGUGAUUUUGCUCAACUACCACCUGUAGGUGGAGAAUCAGUGUCCUUAUAUUCAUAUAGGAGGCCCACUGAUGCAAAUAAAUACAAUGGACAAUGUGCUGCAAUGGGCAAAUCACUUUGGCAUAUUGUAACUCAUGUUGUAAUUUUGCGCAAAAAUAUGAGAAAUACAGGGUCAUCAAAGGCUGAUAUUAGCUUCAGAUUGGCAUUAGAUAAUAUGCGAUACAAAUCUUGUACUAAAGAGGACAUAGGUUUUCUAAAUACAUUGGUUUCCUCCAAAUCUCCUGGUAGACCUUUUGUAGGAAAAAGUCCUUGGCGUGAUGCAGCUAUUAUUGUAGGUGAAAAUAAACAUAAAGAUGAGAUAAAUAGACUAGGUUGCUUGCGUUUUGCUGCAGAUACAAAUCAAAUUCUUACUCAUUUCUAUAGUGAUGAUCUUGCAUCUAGUAAUGCAGAUCAACCUAUGAAUGUUAAAUCCAAAAAUAAAAAACAAGUCAAGUCAUCCAUAUCAAAAGAACUCCAACAUCAUCUUUGGGAGUUGCCAACCUGUGCUCAUGAAACUCAUGCACCACCUGUGUUAUCACUAUGUAUAGGUUUACCAAUUAUUAUCCGUCAUAAUAUUGCAACUGAACUUUCAAUUACAAAAGGUCAAAGAGGUACUGUAUAUGCAUGGCAUGAAAGCACAGGUGCAUUUGGUCAAUGCAUAUUGGAUGUACUUUUUGUACUUUUGGAUGAUCCUCCAACACCGAUUCAUGUGCCUGGUUUACCUCCCAAUGUUGUACCUUUGACUAGACGCAAAACCAAAGGAAUUGUUGCACUAAAAAAUGAUGUCAAAAUAUCUGUCACAAGGAAUCAGGUUGAUAUACUUCCUGGUUUUUCUAUGACAGCAUAUGCAUCACAAGGACAAGGUCUAAAUCCUAAUGCAACUGAUCUCAAUACCUUGAAUGAUCAUCAUGCAAUAUAUACUGCUUUGUCUAGAAGUAGAACUGCUGCUUCAACUGUUAUUCUCCAAGGUUUUGACUCAAGACUAAUUACUGGUGGUGCAAGUGGUCCACUACGAAAAGAAUAUCGAGAAUUAGAAAUGUUAAAUGAGAUAACCUGUCUGAGAUAUGAAGGUGCAUUAGACCCAUCAGUAGUAGGUAUCACAAGAAAUUUAUUGAUUGAGAGUUUUUUAGCUUGGAAA